GGUGCCGGAGCCAGAAUGGCUGCCCCAGCUUCAGACUGGGAGGAUGGCCGCUAUUUCAUGGAGGACCUGAUCCAGCAGGGGCAAGAUGAGCGGGACAGGGUCCAGAAGAAAACCUUCACCAAAUGGGUCAACAAGCACCUCUUCAAGCACUGGCGAGCAGAGGCCCAGCGCCACGUGAACGACCUCUACGAGGACCUGCGUGAUGGACACAACCUGAUCUCGCUCCUGGAAGUGCUCUCGGGGGACACUCUGCCCAGGGAGCGCGACGUGAUCCGGAACUUGCGGCUGCCUCGGGAGAAGGGCCGGAUGCGCUUCCACAAGCUGCAAAAUGUCCAGAUUGCCUUGGACUACCUGAAGCACCGGCAGGUGAAACUGGUCAACAUCCGGAACGAUGACAUUGCCGACGGCAACCCCAAGCUCACGCUGGGCCUCAUCUGGACCAUCAUCCUCCACUUCCAGAUCUCGGACAUCCAGGUGACCGGCCAGUCGGAGGACAUGACAGCCAAGGAGAAGUUGCUGCUGUGGUCACAGCGCAUGGUGGAGGGGUACCAGGGCUUGCGCUGCGACAACUUCACCUCCAGCUGGCGCGAUGGCCGCCUCUUCAACGCCAUCAUCCACAGGCACAAGCCGAUGCUGAUUGACAUGAACAAGGUCUACCACCAGAGCAACGUGGAGAACCUGGAGCGCGCCUUCACGGUGGCAGAACAUGACCUGGGGGUGACGCGGCUGCUGGAUCCAGAAGACGUGGAUGUGCCCCAACCCGAUGAAAAGUCAAUCAUUACCUACGUUUCCUCCCUCUAUGAUGCCAUGCCGCGAGUGCCAGAUGUGCAGGACGGGAUCAAGGCCAACGAGCUGCAGCUACGCUGGCAGGAAUACUAUGGAGUGGUCAGCCUGCUCCUGCAGUGGAUCCAGCACCACACAGUGACCUUUGAGGAACGGAAGUUCCCUGCCAGCUAUGAGGAGAUCGAGAUCCUGUGGCACCAGUUCCUUAAGUUCAAGGAGACGGAGCUGCCCGCCAAGGAGGCCGACAAGAACCGCUCCAAGGUGAUCUUCCAGUCUCUGGAGGCUGCUGUGCAGAGCGGGCAGCUGAAGGUCCCUCCCGGGUACCACCCGCUGGACGUGGAGAAGGAGUGGGGCGGGUUGCACGUUGCCAUCCUGGAGAGGGAGAAGCUUCUGCGCUCGGAGUUUGAGAGGUUGGAACGGCUGCAGCGCAUCGUCAGCAAACUCCAGAUGGAGUCCGGCCUCUGCGAGGAGCAGCUCAACCAAGCUGACACCCUGCUGCAGUCGGACAUCCGGCUGCUGAACGCGGGCAAGGCGGCGCAGCACUUAGCCGAGAUCGAGCGGGACCUGGACAAGGCCGAGGCCAUGAUCCGCUUGCUCUUCAACGAUGUGCAAGCCCUCAAGGAUGGGCGCCACCCGCAGGGCGAGCAGAUGUAUCGCAGGGUUUACCGCUUGCACGAGCGCCUCGUGGCCAUCCGCACCGAGUACAACUUGCGCCUGAAGUCUGGGUCAGCCCCCCUCACCCAGGUAGCCGUGCCGGUCACGCAGCGCCCGCGGCAGGAGUUGGACGACGUCACCCUACGCUACCUGCAAGACCUGCUGGUCUGGGUGGAGGAGAACCAGAGCCGCAUCAGUGCGGCCGAGUGGGGCGUGGACCUGCCCACGGUGGAGUCUCAGCUCGGCAGCCACCGCGGACUGCACCGCUCCAUCGAGGAGUUCCGCCCAAAGAUCGAACGAGCCCGGGCAGAUGAGGCCCAGCUUUCUCCUGGUCCACAGACCACGUACCGUGACUACCUCAGCAAGCUGGACCUGCAGUAUGAGAAGCUGCUGAGCUCGUCCGGGGCCCGGCUGCGGCAUCUGGAAAGCCUCCAGGCCUUCGUGGCUGCUGCCACCAAGGAGCUGAUGUGGCUGAACGAGAAGGAGGAGGAGGAGGUGAACUACGACUGGAGCGAGCGCAACAGCAACAUGGCCGCCAAGAAAGAGAGCUACUCGGGCCUGAUGAGAGACCUGGAGCAGCGGGAGCGGAGGAUCAAGGAGAUCCAGAGCACGGGCGACAGGCUGCUGCGGGAGGAGCACCCGGCCAGGCAGACGGUGGAGGCAUUCCAGGCUGCCCUCCAGACCCAGUGGAGCUGGCUGCUGCAGCUGUGUUGCUGCAUCGAGGCCCAUCUGAAGGAGAACACCAGCUACUUCCAGUUCUUUGCUGAUGUGAAGGAAGCGGAGGAGUUUCUGCGCAAGACUCAGGAGACCCUGAAGAAGAAGUUUUCCUGCGACCGGUCCAUCACGGUGACGCGCUUGGAGGACCUGCUGCAGGAUUCCCUGGACGAGAGGGAGCAUCUCGCGCAGUACCAGAGCCAUCUGGCUGGGCUGGCCAAGCGGGCCAAGACCGUUGUCCAGCUGAAGCCCCGCAGCCCGAGCCCCCCACUCAGGGGCCGGCUGCCCCUCCAGGCUGUCUGCGACUACAAGCAGGUGGAGAUCACGGUGCACAAGGGGGAUCACUGCACCCUCCUCAGCAACGCCCAGCCCUACAAGUGGAAGGUCUUGAAUGCAGCCGGGAGGGAGUCCCUCGUCCCGUCCAUCUGUUUCUUGGUCCCCCCGCCCAACAAGGAGGCCCUGGAGGCUGCCGGGAGGUUGGAGACGGUGCACCAGAAGCUGCUCAGUGCUUGGCACCAGCUGCACAUCAACAUGAAGAGCCUCCUCUCUUGGCAGUAUCUGCAGCGGGAGAUCCAGCAGAUCCAGUCCUGGUCCCUCCUCAUUUUUCGGACAAUGCCCCCUGAGGAUUACCGGCAGACGCUGCGCAGCCUGGAAACCCACUACCAGGAAUUCCUGCGUGACAGCCAGGACUCUCAGAACUUCCUCCCAGAUGACCGACUGCAUGUGGAGCGCGAAUACACCGUCUGCACCCAGAAGUAUGAGCUGCUGCUGCGCGGGUUGGAGAAAGGGGAACAGGAGGAGUCGCUGUGCAGGAACUUCAUCUCUCAGCUGAAGGACAUCCGCCUGCAGCUCGAAGGCUGCGAGUCCCGGACCAUACACAAAAUUCGUUCUCCACUUGACCAAGAUCCUAUUAAGGAAUGUGCACAGCGCAUCAGCGACCAGCAGGAGAUCCACUUGGAGCUGGAAAGCCUUCAGAAGAGCUUGGGCAAAGUGAGCGCCCAGACAGAGCAGGUCUUGGCUCAGCCGGAGCAGGCUGGUUCGGCCCCCACACUGCACUCCGAACUGGAUAUCACGCUGCAGAAGAUGGGUCAGGUGUACAGCCUCUCCAGCAUCUUCCUGGAGAAGUUGAAGACCAUCAACCUGGUCAUCCGUAGCACCCAAGGGGCCGAGGAGUUGGUCCGGAGCUACGAAGAGCAGCUCAAAGAUGUUCGGGCCGUGCCGUCUGACCUCAAGGCUGUCGAGGCUACCAAGGCGGAGCUCAAGAGACUGCGUGGGCAGGUCGAAGGGCACCAGCCGGUCUUCAGCACACUGGAAGUGGAUCUGGCCAAGGCCAGUGAGGUGAAUGAAAGGAUGGUGAGAGGCCACAGCGAGAGAGACCUGGACUUGGACCGCUACCGGGACCGCGUGCAGCAGCUCCUUGACCGCUGGCAGGCUGUCCUGGCCCAGAUCGACCUGCGGCAGCGGGAAUUAGACCAGCUGGGGCGCCAGCUGCGCUAUUACCGCGACAGCUAUGUCUGGCUGAUGGAGUGGAUUCAGGAUGCCCGGCAGCGCCAGGAGAGCCUCCAGGCCGUGCCCAUCACCACCAGCCAGAGGGUGCGCGAGCAGCUGCUGCAAGAGAAGAAACUUCUGGGAGAAUGUGAGCAGAACUGGGAGAAGGUGGAGGAGUGCCACCACCUGGCCAAGCAGUACAUCGAUGCCAUCAAGGAUUAUGAACUGCAGCUGGUCACCUACAAAGCCCAAGUGGAGCCCGUCGCUUCUCCCGUCAAGAAGCCUAAAGUCCAGUCCGCCUCGGACAGCAUCAUUCAGGAGUACGUUGACCUGCGGACUCGAUACAGUGAGCUGACCACACUGACCAGCCAGUACAUCAGGUUCAUUACAGAGACUCUUCGGCGGCUGGAGGAAGAGGAGAAAGCCGCCGAGAAACUGAAGGAGGAGGAGCGGAAGCGCUUGGCGGAGGUGGAGGCCCAGCUGCAGAAGCAGAAGCAGUUGGCCGAGGCCCACGCCAAGGCUAAGGCUCAGGCUGAGCAGGAGGCCCAGGAGCUGCAGCAGCGCAUGCAGGAGGAGGUCAGCCGGCGGCAGCUGGCGGCCAUGGAUGCUGAGCAGCAGAAGCAGAACAUCCAGCAGGAGCUGUCACAGAUGAAGCUCAGCUCCGACAGGCAGAUCCUGUCUAAGCAGCAGCUGAUAGAGGAGGUGGAGCUGAGCCGCAGGAAAGUGGAAGAGGAGAUCCACGUCAUCCGCCUCCAACUGGAGGCCACCGAGAAGCAGAAGGCCGGGGCGGAAGGUGAGCUCCAGGCCCUGAGGGCCCGGGCAGAAGAAGCGGAGCGGCAGAAGAAAGCCGCCCAGGAGGAGGCCGAGCGCCUGCGCAGGCAGGUCAAGGAGGAGACCCAGAAGAAACGCGAGGCAGAGGAGGAGCUGAAGGAGAAGGUGCAGGCGGAGCAACAAGCGGCGCGAGAGAAGCAGAAAGCCCUGGAGGACCUGCGGAAGCUCCGCGCCCAGGCGGAGGAAGCCGAGCGCCGAAUGAAGCAGGCGGAGCUGGAGAAGGAGCGGCAGAUCCAGGUUGCUCGGGAGAUGGCCCAGAAGAGUGCCGAGGCAGACCUGCAGAGCCGGCGCCUCUCCUUCGCUGAGAAGACCGCCCAGCUGGAGAUGUCCCUGAAGCAAGAGCACGUCACCAUCACCCACCUUCAGGAGGAGGCCGAACGCCUGAGGAAGCAGCAGCUGGAGGCUGAGCAGGUCAAGGAGGAGGCCGAGAAGGAGCUGGAGAAGUGGCAGCAGAAGGCGAACGAGGCGCUCCGGCUCCGGCUGCAGGCGGAGGAGGUGGCCCACAAGAAGGCCCUGGCCCAGGAGGAAGCAGAGAAGCAGAAGGAGGAUGCCGAGCGCGAGGCCAGGAAGCGGAGCAAGGCGGAGGAGUCAGCCCUGCGCCAGAAGGACCUGGCCGAGGAGGAGUUGGAAAAGCAGCGGAAGCUCGCGGAGGGCACGGCCCAGCAGAAGUUCCUGGCUGAGCAGGAGCUGAUUCGCCUGAAGGCUGAGAUGGAGAAUGGGGAGCAACAGCGCCUGCUGCUGGAGGAAGAGCUCUUCCGCCUCAAGAGCGAAGUCAGCGAGGCCAUCCAGAAGCGGAGGGAGCUGGAGGAGGAGCUGGCCAAGCUGCGGGCCGAGAUGGAGCUCUUGCUGCAAAGCAAGGCCAGGACCGAGGAGGAGUCCCGCUCCGCCAGCGAGAAGUCCAAGCAAAUCUUGGAGGACGAGGCCGCCAAGCUGCGGGAACUGGCAGAAGAGGCAGGUCGCCUGCGCGCCCUCUCUGAGGAGGCCAAGCGGCAGCGGCAGCUGGCCGAGGAGGAGGCUGCCCGGCAGCGAGCGGAGGCCGAGCGGAUCCUCAAGGAGAAACUGGCGGCCAUCAACGAAGCGUCGCGCCUCAAUGCGGAAGCGGAAAUUUCCCUGAAGGAGAAGGAGGCUGAGAAUGAGCGGCUGAGGCGGCUGGCAGAGGACGAGGCUUACCAGCGGAGGAUGCUGGAGGAGCAGGCGUCCCAGCACAAACACGACAUCGAGGAGAAGAUUGCGCAGCUGAAGAAGUCUUCCGAGAAUGAGCUGGAGAGGCAGAAGACCAUUGUCAAUGAAACACUGAAGCAGCGGCGCAUCAUUGAGGAGGAAAUCCGCAUCCUCAAGAUCAACUUUGAGAAAGCAUCUGUGGGAAAGGCAGACCUGGAGCUGGAACUCAGCAAGAUUAGGCAGAGCGCGGAGGAGAUCCAGCGUAGCAAGGAGCAAGCCGAGCUCGAGGGCGAGAAGCUGCGGCAGGUGGCCCUGGAGGAGGAAAGCCGCCGCAAAGAGGCUGAAGCAAAGCUCAAGAAGAUCCUGGCUGCCGAGCAGGAAGCCGCCAGGCAGCGCAAAGCUGCUCUGGAGGAGGUGGAGCGCUUGAAGGCGAAGGUGGAGGAGGCCAAGAGGCAGAAAGAGCUGGCCGAGAACGAGUCGGAGAAGCAGAUCCUUCUGGCCCAGGAGGCAGCCCAGAAGAGGAUUGCCGCUGAAGAGGCCGCUCACCUGGCCACGGCGCAGCAGAAGGAGCAGGAACUGCUGCAGACCAGGCAGCAGGAGCAGUGCAUCUUGGACAGGCUGAAGGAGGAGGCUGAGAGAGCCAAGAAAGCUGCUGAGGAAGCAGACUUUGCCCGCCUCAAGGCGGAGCAAGACGCCACCUUGUCCCGGCAGCUGGUGGAAGAAGCCGAGCGCAUGAAGCAGAGGGCAGAGGAGGAGGCCCAGGUCAAAGCCAGGGCGCAAGAGGAUGCCGAGAAGCUCCGGAAGGAGGCAGAGCUGGAAGCGGCCAAGCGAGCCCAGGCAGAACAGGCAGCCCUCAAGCAGAAGCAGCUGGCCGACAUGGAGAUGGAGAAGCACAAAAAGUUUGCGGAGCAGACACUGAGGCAAAAAGCCCAGGUGGAACAGGAGCUGACCAAAGUCAAGUUGCGGCUGGAGGAAACAGACCAUCAGAAGAACAUCUUGGAGGAGGAGCAGCAGCGGCUGAAAGAAGAGGUGACCGAAGCCAUGAAGCAGAAGACCCAAGUCGAGGAGGAGUUAUUCAAAGUGAAGAUCCAGAUGGAGGAGCUGAUCAAGUUGAAAACCCGUAUUGAGGAGGAGAACAAGAUGCUCAUCAUGAAGGACAAGGACAACAUGCAGAAGAUCCUAACCGAGGAAGCCGAAAAAAUGAAGCAAGUGGCAGAGGAAGCUGCCCGACUGAGUGUGGAAGCCCAGGAGGCUGCCCGCAUGCGCAAACUGGCAGAGGAGGAUCUGGCUCAGCAGCGGGCGCUGGCAGAAAGGAUAUUGAAGGAGAAGAUGCAGGCGAUCCAGGAAGCCACGCAGCUGAAGGCCGAGGCCGAGAUGCUGCAGAAGCAGAAGGACCUGGCUCAGGAGCGGGCCAGGAAGCUGCAGGAGGACAAGGAGCAGAUACAGCUGCGGCUGGAGGAGGAGACGGAGGGCUUCCAGAAAACCCUGGAGGCAGAACGUAAGCGGCAGCUGGAAAUCACUGCCGAUGCUGAGCGGCUGAAGCUGCAGGUAACAGAACUGAGCCUAGCCCAGGCAAAGGCGGAAGAAGAGGCCAAGCGGUUCAAGAAGCAGGCCGAAGAGAUCAGCAGCAAGCUGCACCAGAUGGAGCUAUCUACUCAGGAGAAGAUGACCCUGGUGCAGACCCUGGAGAUCCAGAGGCAGCAAAGCGACCAGGAUGCUGACAAACUGCGGAAGGCUAUUGCCGAGCUGGAGGUGGAGAAGGAGAAGCUGAAGCAGGAAGCCAAGCUACUGCAGCAGAAGUCAGAAGAGAUGCAGACUGCUCAGAAGGAGCAGUUACGCCAGGAGACACAGAUGCUCCAGCAAACAUUCCUGUCGGAGAAGGAUGCCCUGCUGCAGAAGGAGAGAUUUGUUGAGGAGGAGAAGGCCAAGCUGGAGAACCUCUUCCAGGAAGAGGUUAAGAAAGCUCACAGCCUGAAGGCUGAGCAGGAACGUCAGCAGAAGCAGAUGGAGCAGGAGAAGGAACAGCUGGAAGCCACCCUGAAGGUUGCCAGGGAGAAGCAGGCAGAAGCAGAGAAGAGUGUCUGUCAAAAGCAAGAGGAGCUCCAGCAGUUGGAGAGGCAACGUCAGCAGCAGGAGAAGCUUCUGGCUGAGGAAAACCAAAAGCUCCGGGAGAAACUGAAGCAGCUGCAAGAGGAACACCAGGCUGCUCUUGCUCAGACCCGAGAAAUCAUGAUCCAGACUGAUGACCUUCCUCAAGAGGCAGCUGUACAAGUGUCCCCAGGAAAACGUGUGCCGAACGGCCAAGAUAUGCUCGACGGUGUCUCUCAAAAUGGUGAACCAGAGUUGGCGUUUGAUGGUAUUCGACAGAAGGUGUCUGCCAAAAAGCUGGCAGAGGCUGGCAUCCUGAGCCAAGAAAACUGGGAGAAUCUGGUGCACGGGAGAGUGUCCGUACAGGAGCUGUCCCAGGAAGAGGACAUCAGGAAAUACCUGCAAGGCACAGGCAGCAUAGCGGGGCUCCUGAUGAAGCCCACCAAUGAGAAGAUGAGCAUCUAUGAGGCCAUGAAGCAGCAGAUCCUCAGCCCAGGCACAGCACUCAUCCUGCUGGAAGCACAGGCUGCCUCUGGCUUCAUUAUAGACCCCGUGAGGAACAAGAGUAUCUCUGUCAGUGAGGCUGUGAAAGAAGGAGUGGUUGGGCCUGAACUGCACAAUAAGUUGUUGUCUGCAGAGAGGGCAGUGACUGGAUAUAAGGACCCCUACACAGGUGAAAAGAUCUCCCUGUUCCAGGCAAUGACCAAAGAUCUCAUCAUUAAAGACCAUGGCAUUCGGCUUCUGGAGGCCCAGAUUGCCACUGGAGGCAUCAUUGACCCUGUCAACAGCCACCGCCUACCCGUGGACAUCGCGUACAAACGAGGCUACUUUGAUAAGGAGAUGCAACGGGUCCUCUCUGACCCCACUGAUGACACCAAGGGCUUCUUUGACCCCAAUACCCAAGAGAACCUGACUUACCUGCAGCUCAUGGAAAGAUGUGUGACUGACCCUGAGACUGGGCUCAUCUUCCUGUCGCUGACAGACAAAGCAGCCAGAGGACAGGAAAUGGUCUACACCGAUCAAGAGGCCAAGGAUGUGCUCAAGAAAGCCACGGUGUCAGCCCCCUUUGGCAGAUUUCAGGGAAAGACAGUUACCAUCUGGGAAAUCAUCAACUCUGAGUAUUUUACUGAGGAGCAGAAGCGGGAGCUCCUGCGUCAGUACAAGACUGGAAAGAUCACCGUGGAGAAAAUAAUUAAGAUCAUAAUUACAGUUGUUGAGGAGAGUGAGAAGAAGAGCCAACUCUGUUUUGAAGGCCUUCGGGCUCCAGUGCCGGCAGCUGAGUUGCUGGAGAGCAAAAUCCUGGACAAAGAACUCUACAGUCAGCUGCACCAAGGGAAGAAGACAGUGAAGGAGGUGGCCAGUAUUGAUGCCAUAAAAAGGUACCUGAAGGGUACUGGCACCAUUGCGGGCAUCUUGAUAGAGUCAACUGGCCAAAAGUUACUUCUCACAGAUGCAAUAAAAAGAAACCUGUUGAAACCUGAGACAGCCCUCAUACUUCUGGAGGCCCAGGCUGGAACUGGGUAUGUCAUUGACCCAGUGAGGAACGAGAAGCUUCCUGUGGACGAAGCAGUCCGAGCAGGAAUGGUGGGGCCUGAGCUUCAUGAGAAGCUGUUAUCUGCAGAGAGGGCUGUAACUGGUUAUAAGGAUCCGUACACGGGGAAGGUGGUCUCUGUUUUCCAAGCACUGAAAAAAGAUCUCAUUCCUAAGGAUACUGGGCUCCGACUGCUGGAUGCUCAGCUUGCCACCGGAGGCAUAAUUGACCCUGUGCACAGCCAUCGUCUCCCGCUUGAUGUUGCUUGCAAACAGGGCUACUUCAGCGAGGAAAUGAACAAGGCCUUCUCUGAUCCAGCUGAUGAUGUCAGGCUGUACUAUGAUCCUAAUGCCCAAGAAAACCUCACAUAUUCUCAGCUGCUGAAGAGGUGCCAAAUAGAUAAGCUGACAGGCCUCCACCUGCUCUGCCUCUCAGAUGAGGCCAUACGGCUUCAUCAGGAGGAGCUCUACUCAGAUAGUGCAGUCAAAGACUCCUUUGAUAAGGCAACAAUUGACGUUCCAGCCGGCAGCCUAAAGGGCAAGACGGUAACAGUCUGGGAGCUGAUCCACUCAGAGUAUCUAACUGAAGAGCAGAGGAGAGAGUUGAUGCGACAGUACAAGACUGGCAAAGUAACCAUUGAGAGGGUCAUUAAGAUAAUAAUCACAAUUAUCGAAGAGAGCGAGGCCAAGAAGCAAGAAAAAUUGACAUUCAGUGGCUUGCGUGCCCCAGUGCCUGCUAGUGAACUGCUUGAGUCCAAGAUCAUUAGCACACAACAGUAUGAACAACUCAAGGAAGGGAAGAAGGCGGUGAAAGACAUCGCCGAAGUGGGUGCUGUGAAGAGGUACCUGAAAGGGAGUGACUGCAUUGCUGGCAUCUAUGUUGAAGAAACCAAGGAGAAGCUGAACAUCUAUGAGGCACUGAGGAAGAACCUGCUCCUGCCCAGCACAGCAACUGUCCUUCUGGAGGCACAGGCGGCCACCGGGUUUAUGGUGGACCCAGUAAGGAACCAGAAGCUGCAUGUCAACGAGGCAGUGAAAGCUGGCCUUGUGGGACCAGAGCUGCACGAGAAACUGCUCUCUGCAGAGAAGGCUGUUACUGGCUAUAGAGACCCUUAUUCUGGGAAUACCAUCUCCCUCUUUGAGGCUAUGAAAAAGGGGCUUAUUCUCAGGGACCAUGCCAUCCGCCUGCUGGAGGCCCAGAUUGCCACAGGGGGCAUUAUAGACCCUGUGCACAGUCAUCGUGUUCCUGUGGAAGUGGCAUACAAGCGAGGCUACUUUGAUGAAGAGAUCAACCGAACCCUCUCAGAUCCCUCGGAUGAUACCCGGGGCUUCAUUGACCCCAACACCAAGGAGAAUCUUACCUACUUGCAGCUGAAAAAGAGGUGUAUUGAGGACCCUGAGACUGGCCUUUAUCUCCUGCCUUUGAAACAGCCUGAAAGACCAACAGUGGUGGAGACAACCCAAGUGUACACUGAGGCAGAAACCAAGAAGAUGUUUGAAGAAACCCAAAUUGACAUUCCAGCAGGAGAACUUGCUGGCUCCUCCAUGUCCCUCUGGGACAUUAUGAAUUCUGAUCUCCUCCCUGAAGAGCAGCGUAAAAAAUUGAUGGAAGAGUUCCGCUUAGGUCACAUGACAAAGGAACGCAUGAUCAUCAUCAUCAUCGAGAUUAUAGAGAAAACAGAAAUCAUCCGCCAGCAAGACCUCACCUCCUACGAUUACAUUAGGCGCCGCAUCACUGCUGAAGACCUCUAUGAGGCCAGGAUAAUCUCUCUGGAGAUAUACAAUGCACUGAAGCAGGGCUCCAAGACCAUCCGAGAGAUUCUGGAGAUAGAGACCGUCUGGAAAUAUCUCUAUGGGACUGGCUGUAUUGCUGGCAUCUACGUUCCAUCCAGCAAGCAGAAGCUCAGCAUCUACCAGACCCUUAAAAAGGGACUGAUCAGUCCUGAAGUUGCCCGAUCCUUGCUGGAAGCCCAGGCUGCCACUGGCUUCAUUAUUGAUCCUAUGAAGAAUGAAAUGCUAACUGUAGAUGAGGCAGUCAGGAAAGGGAUAGUGGGUCCAGAAAUGCAUGAUCGACUUCUGUCUGCUGAGAGAGCUGUGACAGGCUACCGAGAUCCUUACAGCGAGCAGAAAAUCUCUCUUUUUCAGGCCAUGAAAAAGGAUCUCAUCCCUUCUGAAGAAGCCCUCAGAUUGCUAGAUGCCCAGUUGGCCACAGGAGGAAUUAUAGACCCAUACCUGGGCUUUCACUUGCCCUUAGAAAUUGCCUACCAGCGUGGCUACUUCAAUCGGGAGACUUAUGACAGACUUUCUGAGCCCAGUGAGAUCCGCAGCUAUAUAGACCCUUCCACAGAUGAGAAGCUCAGCUAUACUCAAAUCCUCAAGCGAUGUAAGAAGGAUGAGAAUACAGGCUGUCUCCUGCUACCCCUCUGUGACACUCGGAAGCUGACCUUCAGGGGCCUGAGGAAGCAAAUCACAGUUGAGGAGUUGGUACGGUCAAAGGUCAUGGAUGAAGCCACUGCCCAGCGACUCCAGGAAGGCUUAACUUCAGUGGAGGAGGUCUCUAAGAAGUUGCAGCAAUUCUUAGAGGGCACCAGCUGUAUUGCUGGAGUCUACAUGGACUCAACCAAGGAGAGGUUGUCUGUAUAUCAAGCCAUGAAGAAAGGCAUUCUCCGCCCAGGGACAGCUUUUGAGCUGCUGGAAGCCCAGGCAGCCACUGGUUAUGUAAUUGACCCCAUCAAGAGUCUCAAGCUGACUGUGGAGGAAGCGGUGCGCAUGGGCAUCGUGGGCCCAGAAUUCAAAGAUAAGUUGCUUUCAGCAGAGCGGGCAGUGACAGGUUACAAGGACCCCUACUCAGGCAAGGUAAUCUCCCUUUUCCAAGCCAUGAAGAAAGGACUGAUCCUGAAAGAUCAUGGGAUCCGUUUGCUAGAAGCUCAAAUUGCUACAGGAGGCAUUAUUGAUCCAGAGGAGAGUCAUCGCCUGCCAGUUGAAGUGGCAUACAAGAGAGGCCUAUUUGAUGAGGAAAUGAAUGAAAUCCUCCUGGACCCAAGUGAUGACACCAAGGGGUUCUUUGACCCGAACACCGAGGAAAACCUGACUUAUCUGCAGCUGAUGGAACGGUGCAUCACUGACCCAGAGACUGGGCUGUGCCUCCUGCCAUUGAAGGAGAAAAAGCGGGAGAGGAAGACCUCCUCCAAGUCCUCUGUUCGGAAACGCAGGGUGGUGAUUGUUGAUCCAGAAACUGGGAAGGAAAUGUCUGUGUAUGAAGCCUAUCGCAAAGGCCUCAUUGACCACCAGACCUAUUUGGAGCUCUCAGAGCAAGAGUGUGAAUGGGAAGAAAUCACCAUUUCCUCCUCUGAUGGGGUAGUCAAGUCCAUGAUCAUCGACCGGAGGUCAGGACGACAGUAUGAUAUAGAUGAUGCCCUUGCAAAAGGCCUGAUAGACCAGUCUGCCCUGGACCAGUAUCGCUCAGGGACCUUGUCCAUUACUGAGUUUGCAGACAUGUUGUCUGGCAAUGUCAGUGGAUUCCGAUCCAGGUCUUCCUCUGUUGGCUCCUCCUCUUCCUAUCCCGUAAGUCCUGCUCAUGCAAGAACCCAGCUGACAUCUUGGAGUGAUCCAACUGAAGAGACUGGUCCAGUUGCUGGCAUCUUGGACACAGAUACCCUGGAAAAAGUAUCAGUUACAGAAGCCAUGCACCGCAACCUUGUAGAUAACAUUACAGGCCAGAGGCUGCUUGAGGCCCAGGCCUGUACUGGUGGGAUCAUUGAUCCAAGUUCAGGGGAGAAGUUCUCUGUUGCAGAUGCUGUUAAUAAGGGCCUGGUGGACAAGAUCAUGGUGGAUAGGAUCAACCUUGCUCAGAAGGCUUUCUAUGGCUUUGAGGAUCCAAGAACCAAGACCAAGAUGUCUGCUGCCCAAGCCUUAAAGAAGGGCUGGCUGUACUAUGAAGCUGGCCAGCGGUUCCUGGAAGUCCAAUACCUGACAGGUGGGCUGAUUGAGCCCGAGGUGCCUGGACGGGUCUCGCUAGAGGAGGCCUUGCAGAAGAACACAAUUGAUGCACGAACUGCACAGAAGCUUCGGGAUGUAAACACUUACACCAAGUACUUGACCUGUCCCAAAACCAAACUCAAGAUCUCCUACAAGGAUGCCAUAGACAGGAGUAUGAUUGAAGAAGGGACGGGCCUUCGUCUCCUAGAAGCCUCCUCCCAAUCCAGCAAAGGAUAUUACAGCCCUUACAAUGUCAGUGGUUCUGGUUCCACCUCUGGCUCUCGGUCGGGUUCACGAACAGGUUCCAGAUCAGGUUCCAGGCGAGGAAGUUUUGAUGCCACCGGUUCCGGCUUCUCCGUCUCCUUCUCUUCCUCCUCCUACAGUUCAUCAAGUUAUGGCCGUAGAUACACAUCAGGCCCUAGUAUUGGCGGUGGCGGCGGCAGCGGCGGCAGCGUGGAUGCAGCUGACCUCAGUUGCACCCUGAUCUACCCAGAGGGGAGCUGUGGGUGGGAAGGAAACUGGCCCCCUCUUGAACUGCCCGGAAAACAGCUGCCUGUGGCCUGAAGGGCCCUUCCCCCUCCCUCCCCAAGCCUGAGAUAACGUUUCCUUUCUCUUGCUCUGCAUGUGAUCCGGCUACUGGCUAACCCUACCAUUAUUUUUAUUACUACUGCUGUUGCUCUUUUUUAACAUUAAACCCAGAGUUUCCUUCCAGAGCAGUGCCUAAACUUUAACCAAAAAGACUACACUAAUAUAUUAAUAUAUAUGAUGGUUCUGACAGUAUUUGUAUAUGGAGCGAGAGAGUGCGCGCACGCCUCUGUGCUCCCCACACCGCUUUGUGCCCCUGGAGCCUGCUUCUCUCCUACCCCUGCAGGACAGAAUCCCACCCUAGCCCAGGCCAGGGCUAGGGCCAGGGCCACGGCCGGGCACCAACCGUCCUUUCGGCCAUCUCCCCUCCUCUUCAGCGAGCGGCUCCAUCCCAGGAGCUCUGCCAGCUCCACUGCCCCUUCCUGCGGAACCUCCGGAUCACCCGUCUAUGCAAAGACCGUCUGCGCCUCGAGGGGGCGGCAGGCAGGAGGCACUCCGGACCGAUUCGCCCUCCAGAGAUGUCCGGGUGCAGCAGGCUUCCAGCGCCGUGGCCUGGGCUGCUUCCUUCCACCGCGGGACGCGGAAGGGGCUCUCCUUGGCGCUGCUCCACAGACACUCCUUGGCUGGCUCCCCCUCCACACCCGACUCUGCGCUUGGACCGCUGUUUUUUCUAGUCCUGCCAAAGAAGUCCCCUUGUCACUGCGAGAACUCCCUGGCUGGUUCUCUGAAGCUAGCGAGUCCAGCGCCGGCUCCCGAGGAGACCCGGGUCGGCCGGCUCCUCGUGAGGGGCCAUCCGCAAAGUGUUGCUGGAUGUCCAUCCCAACUCCUUCCCAGCUGCUGUGGAUCUCGUGCCCCAGGGUUGGACCUCCUGCCAUUCCCUUUGCAGCCACCACGGAGUAGCUAGCAGUGACUGGGGGGUGGGCAGCUGUGCAGAGGGCUCUUCUGCCGAACACGGAUGCUCCUCAGCGGCGCGAUUCUCAGCACCCGAGCGAGCUCCCCUGCGGUCCCAAAGUCUGCCUGCUGGGCUUUGCCAGGGACCGCCCUUGCACCGGCUGCAGGAGGCAGACCUGGGGACACUGGCGGCCGUGCUGGGAACAGCCCUUGCCUGCUUCUGCCCCCUGAAGCAGCCUCCAGCCCACCACCUUGUCUGCCCGUCUCAGGGAGCCGUUGCCUGGCCCCAAAGGCCCUUGGCCAUCAGGGGUCACUCUCACGGUGGAGCUGUGCCAACUGAGAGAGAGGGAGCCUUUCCGCCGAGUGCCGGGCCCGUGCACAGACAUCUUUCCCACCUGCCCCCUCCCUGUUCAGGCCCAA